GGACAAUAGUACAUACAUACCUUCAACUCCACCAUAUCGAGGGGUCUCCAUAUCGAACGAUUCCAAGGUUCAUCGAAGUCCAAGAGGAGCCUUGUUACCCACCGACUGAAACCUGCUGCUGUCCUGUCCAAAUGGUGCACUGAUGGAACAAUACUCAUUCUAUCGGCCUGGAAGGUCUUCAGCCGAGAAGAUUUCACCGACGACAAGCACAAUGAUGGAUGCGGGAGGGUUCAACCGACGUGGACCUUACGGGUCGUACGACUUGGAGAAGAGUAUAGGAGGGGAUCAUUAUUCAAAGGAUACCAAACCCUCCAGGAGUGAGAUCUCAGGCUCUACAAGCAUGUACGAUCAUCGCGCAGGAGGCGGAGGAGGAGACGAUCACUCAGAAGAUGAGUCGAUUCAAGGUGGUGGAAUGGCAGGGAAGAAUCCGAGACACAGUGUCGGAUCUUCCGCACAGGCUUCAGGCGGUGGCAUACCAGCCAAACGGGGAAGCAAAGCAUGCUCGGCGUGUCGCAAAGGUAAGAAUCGGUGCGAGCCUGAUCCUUCUGGACUUAGCGAUUCAUGUCGACGAUGUCUGGCCAACAAGAUCCCUUGUAUUUUCGAGAAGACUUCAGAUAGGGCAUCCAGGCGACGUGGGAGUGCUGUUGGCGAUGCUUUCCCAACGGAGGCGGAGGGUCGCGUCUUACACCUUGAGCGGAGCGUCAGGGAUCUAGCUCAUGGUCAGAACCAGAUACAGUCAGCGCUUCAACAAAUCUUGUCCAUGCUGCCUGCACCCUCUAACUUAUCCACAACACCCACUUCUGUCACUUUUUUCCCGCAAGGCUCCUCAAACGGAACACCUAGCGGUCUACCUCCAUCUAAUAUCUUCCACACUUCCGUGUCUCCACCUGAAAUGUUCAAUUCCAUGCCCCCUCCACCGCCACACAUAUCAGCAGGACCCCUGAGUUCAAUGGUCAAUUACCUCCAAGAUGCCAUCUCUACAUCUCCUCAGAACACUGCUGCAGGUCGGACAGGUGGACCGAGCGUCGACACAGAGAGGAAAGAACGGAAGGAAUUUCCCAAAUUGCCGGGGUUCGCUCCUCCCAAUCAUGUCUUUGGCACUUACGGGAUCAUCCCAGUUCCGUCUGUUCCUCCCUCGCCCACUCAAUCACACGGAGAUGCCGCAUCACCAUCUGCCGAAUCUAAUACAUCGCUCCCUAGAGACUCCCUCACGGCCCCGAUUCAAGCACUACAAGCCUUGGCCAAUGCCGCUGACCAAGCCGCUUCGUCGAGGAAGAACGAGUCGGCCGAAGGGGAGAAUAGUCGAGAUUCAGAUAUACCACAGUCAUCGGACGCCAUUUGGACCAAACGUAAACGAGUCCGUAUGGAUGUAAAAGAUCCAGUAUUACGAAUGAAGAAGAAGACGAAGCCUGAUCCGACACCGCGGAACCCUUUCCCGGAUGUCGUGACGAAGGGACUGGUAUCGGAAACCGAGGCGAGGGAGCUAUGGGAUAUCUUUUUCUCUGGGUGCCAUUACUUUGUGCCGUUAUGGGACAAGAAAUACGACACGUAUGAGACGUAUAUCGAAAGGACGCCUUUCUCCACGAACGGUUUGCUAGCUGUAGCGGCGAAGAUUAGGGCAGGGAAUGGCCCACUAGGUCAGACUUUCCAGAGAUGCUUAGAAGAAGCCCAAGGUAUCGCCCGGUCGACAUUAUUCGGUCCCAUUGUCCGCAAAGAAGCCGUCGCUGCAAUGCUUAUAUUGAGUGUCUGGUCUGCCAAUGGUUGGAUGCCUUGCGGACAUGCGUUACGAGGAGCUCUCGAUAUGAACUUGCAUCGAGCGCUGGACACGUUGGCCGCGGAACCUACUCGACCGAGAAGUGAGGCUGAGGAGCGGGAUUUAGUUGUUUCUGCUCGGAUCUGGCUCAACUGCUACAUGCAUGAUCACCUUGUCAGUCUAGGCACUGGCAAGCCUCUGCUUCUUAACGACGAGUCAUAUGUCCGACACGCCAGGCUAUUACUUGACCAUCCCAUGGCAUCCGAAACUGAUAUUCGUCUGAUCGCAGGAGUCGAAUUGGUCAAUCUGCGAGUCCGAGUAUGGGACCAUUUACGACCUCUGCAUGGCAAAGUCGAUCACAAGACCAUCUCAUUCGUCAAACGCAUGUUCGCAGACAUGCAGGGAUGGUACGAUGAGUGGAACACAAUCCAGCGUCAGAAAGUCGACGCGGAUAGCGUCUUGGUCAAGUUGCUCGAAGCCGAAUUGGUCUAUGCUCAAAUGUGGACUGUCUGUGUCGCCCUCAGUGGCACACAGUGGGAUAAGCUGCCGAGUGAUCAGAGAGAACUUGCUUUCCAGGCCAAAGACGCUGCUGUAAGACUUAUGGAGAUAUUCCUUCGAUCGGGAAACUUCAGGGCGCAUCUGAAGUAUGCUACACAUGAUCAACUCGUAUCCGUCGCCUUUGCGGCUGUUUUCCUGCUUAAGAUCGCCAUCCUCUAUCCGUCUGCGAUGCCCCUGCCCAACCUUAUCUCUCAAGUGUCGGAGCUCGCACACUUGCUUUCGGCCGAAUGCUUUGCUGAACGGUACGCUCUCACUCUUCGUCUCAUGCUUGCCAAUUUCCGACGCAAAACCGGAGCCUUGUCGACUGUGCCCGGCACGCCCCGACACACGAAUUUCUCGUCCGACUCAGCUCAAGACCAGACGUCCAUGUCGACCAAUGUCAACGCGGGUAUGAGCGCCAUGGACAUAGAUGGUGGAUUACAAAGCCUGCUCAGUCUGCCUCAGAUGGGUAAUGGCGAAUAUAAUGAUGCUGGAGCUAUAGAUUGGAGUUUUGGCGCAUUGGACGGGUUUGCUCCACCUGACGAGUUCAGUCCAAGCAACCUACCUGUCUGGCUACAGGAUGGUAACUUUACAGAUCUUGGACUGCCACAAGACGGUUCGGACUCGUUAUUCUUGCCUCCUGAACUCGCCAGCAUGUUCUUGCCUUCUGGCUCAUCCCUUUGGGUCAAUAAUCAAUUUGCUUUGCCAGACUCUGGGGAUGUAGAUGCCGAGGCUUGGUAGACCACACCCACGCGCCCACGCCCACUUAUGCAUAGAUUUUAUGUAUCUGAAUUGCCUCC